AUGAACUCACGUCCGGAUUACCUCGACUUCCAUGGCGAUGGGACUCGGUCUGCGCGAGCGAGUCCGUCUCCUCGCAUUGAGCACUUUGACGGCGAGAUCCCUCCCGCUCUCUCUCCGCUCGACGCAUUCGCUGCACAGGGUCGCUUGCUAGCAAGGCAACUCGACGAGUCGAUGAGACGCGAUCGCCGCAUGAGCAGGCUUCCUCCUCAGAGUGUUGCCCGAUCGCUAUCCCAGCCUCGUCCAGGCUAUUUCCGCUCCCCGGGCUCGGAUAGUUCACAGAGAGUACACCGGCCAACCGAAAGCCCCGAUUUGGUCGUGAACCAUAUAUUCGAGGAUCCGAAAUAUAGGCCCCAGUCACAGCACCCCCGCAUCAGUGGUUUGUCGAUUCUCCAUAGCGAGACAGGCUUCGACGAUGACUUUAGUCAACCUCCCAUGCCGCAAGAUGAUGAAUCUGAAAGAGUACUGCCGGCCACCUGUUAUGAAGCACCGCGAGUCGAGUCACCCGAGCCAGUGGUAGCCCUGCAGCGAGAUUACUCGGAUUCAAGCAGCAAUCUGCCGACUCCUCAGUCCAACUCGCACAAUUCGCCCUCUGUCUCUGCUGGAUCUUCCAUGGACUCAAACCAUCCUCAGAUCUCAACCACCCUUGCGCCGCCGGUUUCCCCCAUGCCACAGUCCUUUUAUAACCCAAAGUACAUGCAGCCAGAAAACUCUGACGAUGACUAUACCAGCUCGAAUACUGGUUCGACAUUUUCCAAAGCGCGCCAGUUCUCUGCGGGUAGCGGCAUUUCCAUGCCGUAUUCGCCCAUGUCGCCCCAUGUUCGUUCACAUCCGCGGUCGCCAUCGGUCAGCUCAGAAGCCUCUAAUUAUCUACCACGUCCGUCUUUCAACUUUUCGAGACCUUUGAGCCGGUCGAGCACAAGUUUGUCGGCGCCGUCGCCCGUGAUGCCCCAGGAGGCCCCAACUUCCAACCAAACGCCCUCUACCGCGCAUCCAACAUCCGGUCGACAGUCUUCGACCGGAAUUCACCGAGAAAACAAACCGGCGCCGAUUGUACUUGAAGAGGGAAUAAUGGCCUCGUUUGACGAGGAACCUCCGUCUUCGGCAGUGUCAUCGUACGUAUACGCCAAGUAUUCGCUGCCCCGUGGGCGCUCAGUAAUGAGAAACUCUAUCGUAUUUGCCGGCUUGCAAACGCCACAUUUUGAAUGGCAGGAACCUCUUUUCGAGAGCCCACCGUCCAAGACUGCUGGCGACCGAACACCGUCUCCCGGAGCUGCGCCAAAGGAGACCCCAGUCCAAGCACCGGAAGCGAAAAGCAAGCAGCUCAAGCCACCCAGCGGGGAAGCUAUCCCUACGAUUGUUGAUCCACUGGAUACGGUCCCAUCGACUCCGACGCGCCAGUCUUAUGAGAUUCCCAGAGAAACACGUCCUUCAUUCGAGCUCCCUCCAAACCACCUUCAGCGCUCUCGUAGUGAACACCACCUGGAUGAUUCAAAGUCCUCUUCUGCCGACUCCGCCAGCACCAUCAGACCACUUACUGCCCGGACCACAGCCACCCAGGCAACCGACUCUGAGCAGUCUACCGAGCAGUCUGUAGAGGAGCAUGUCGACAAGGGUAUUGAAUGCCACGAGAAGGGGGCAUUACAGGAAUCAACCUAUCACCUUCGUAUUGCUGCCAAGCAGAACCAUCCCAUUGGUAUGCUGCUAUACGCACUUGCUUGCAGGCAUGGUUGGGGCAUGCGUCCGAAUCAACGUGAAGGAGUGCAGUGGCUUCGCAAAGCUGUCGAUUCAGCUGGACUCGAAGUGGGCGAAGAUGAUGAAGCCGUCGGCGGCAAGGAUGCGGCUGCUCGCAAAGCCCGCCGGGCGCAGUUUGCGCUGGGAAUUUACGAGCUCGGUGUCAGCCAUCUGAACGGGUGGGGCAUAGAGCAAGACAAGGCUUUGGCUCUUCGAUGCUUUGAAAUUGCUGCACGAUGGGGUGAUGCUGAUGCCCUUGCCGAAGCUGGUUUCUGCUACGCUCAGGGUGUUGGCUGUAAGAAGGAUUUGAAAAAGGCAGCUCGAUACUACCGACAGGCGGAAGCCAAGGGUAUGAGCAUGGUUGGGAAUAGUUGGAUCUACAAAGACAAAUACAUGGCGGACGACGAUGAUUCAAGGCAGUCAAGGCAGUCUCGCAGCCGCCAGGGUGGCGCAUCGGAGAAGAAACCACGCAGCAAAUCUCGAACCCGAAGCAUCUUUGGACGGAAGAAAUCGCUGGCUGCUUAG